AUGCCCUCGCAAAGAGGCCAAUUGCCAUCCAACUGGACGGCAUAUGAGCGUGGCAGAGGAGAUUCGCCAGAUUCCACGAACCGCAUAGCUUUCGAUGCGAGGACUGAAGAGCAUCAUGAAUCGUCCGAUGCCGAACACCUCCACGCGCCAUCGGCCUAUGAGACUGGCACACAUCAAGUGCGCCGGAGAAGAUCUAGUAUGGGAAUGGCGAUCGACGCCAUCAGAGACGCGGGUGGUGUAAACAGCUUGGGAAACUUCGCUGCUUCAUGGCAAAGAGCCGUUGGCUUUCACGAGGUCACGCCUGUACGACCAAGCUUCAGAUACGCGGAGGACGACACGAUUGAAGGAGGUGAUGACGCGCUAGACCCGACACCGAAACAGCACAGAUCACUGCUGAGACAACAACUGGAAGCACAGGACAGAGUGGACCAGGCCAUUGAUGAUGAGCACGAAGAGAUGAUACCUCCUCGAUUCGAAGAUCAGCCUUUGCUGCAGAAAAUCACCUCCCGAACACCUGCUGAUGAUAGCAUAUUCUUGAUCGAGCCCUCAUUAGCGAGUCCAUUUGGUGGAAGCUAUGGCAGUACCUGGGGAUCGUUGUCGUCCAGAGUCAAUGAAUCGAGUAUGCGACAUGCAGGGCGUCUGUUUCGACAACAGCAGAUCCGUGGUGGGCAAGCCAUAUCAGACAAGGAACGUGAACCGCUGAUGGUGAAGCGCGUGGAGGAAGAUGAUGGCACCAUCGUCAACGUGGUCGUCGGUCAGUCCACCUUGCCACAGACCAUCUUCAAUUCCGUCAAUGUUCUGAUUGGAGUCGGUCUCCUCGCCUUACCUCUGGCGAUGAAAUACGCAGGUUGGAUUCCAGGCCUGAUCUUCUUUUUCUUUGCCGGAAUCUCAACCUGCUACACAGCCAAGCUCCUCGCCAAAUGUGCCGAUGUCGACAACAGCCUCAUCACGUUCGCCGAUCUCGCAUACGUCUCCUUCGGGCCAUGGGCACGAGUGGGAACCUCCAUCAUCUUCGUCCUCGAACUGGUCGCAGCAUGCGUAGCGCUCAUUGUCCUCUUCUCCGACUCCCUCGACGCCUUAACCGAACAAUCUCUAGGCAUAACGGAAUGGAAGAUAAUCUGCGGCAUAAUCCUCAUUCCCCUCUCCUUCGUCCCCCUCCGCUACCUAUCCUUCACCUCCAUCCUCGGAAUUCUCUGCUGCUUCGGCAUCGUCCUCGCAGUCCUCAUCGACGGCCUAAUAAAACCCCACGCGCCCGGCUCUCUCCGCGAACCAGCAAAAACCUACCUCUUCCCCGAAAACUGGAUGACACUCCCCAUCUCUUUCGGAAUCCUCAUGUCUCCCUGGGGCGGCCACAGCGUAUUCCCCAACAUCUACCGCGACAUGCGACACCCAUACAAAUACCGUCGUGGCGUCAACAUCACCUACAUCUUCACCUUCACCCUCGAUCUCCUCAUGGCAGUCAUCGGCCUCCUCAUGUUCGGCGACGGAGUAAAAGACGAAGUCACCCGAAACAUCCUGAUGGAAAACGGCUACCCAGCUUUCCUCUCCGUCUUUAUUGUCAUCUGCAUCGCAAUCAUCCCCCUCACCAAAGUCCCCCUCAACGCGCGCCCCAUAAUCUCCACCCUCGACCUCUUCCUCGGCCUCGACGCACGAGCAAUGGGAUCUGGCGGCGAACCAACCCACGGCUGUUCGGGUCUCACACGCGGAAUCGCAAAAAUUUCAGUCCGAGUUUUCUGCAUUAUCGCUUUCGUCCUGCUGGCGAUUUUAGUCCCGGAAUUCGAUACGAUUAUGAGUUUGCUGGGCGCGGUGGCUUGUUUUACAAUUUGUUUGAUUUUGCCUUGUGCGUUUCAUUUGAAGCUUUUUGGGAAGGAGUUGUCGUAUAGGCAGAAAGUGGUGGAUUGGGGGCUUAUUGGGGUGAGUUCGGGGCUGGCCUUGGUUAGUACGGGGUUUAAUUUUGUGCCGAAGGAGAAGUUGGGGAUAUGA